AUGUCUGAUUCAUCUAUGUCUGAUUCAACUCAACAAGAGCUUGUUGAUAGAACUAAGGAGCUUACAACCUCCGACUACUACUUUGACUCAUACUCUCACUUUGGCAUCCAUGAGGAAAUGCUCAAGGAUGAGGUUAGAACUAUGUCAUACCGAAAGGCUAUUAUGAACAACAGACAUUUGUUCAAGGAUAAGGUUGUAUUGGACGUUGGCUGUGGCACUGGUAUUCUGUGUAUGUUUGCCGCUGAUGCUGGAGCACGUCUGGUUAUCGGUGUCGACAACUCUGAGAUUCUGCCAAUUGCCCAGAAGAUCAUCAAGGCCAACAAGUAUGAGGACAGGAUCGUCCUGAUAAAGGGCAAGAUGGAGGAGGUCAAGCUGCCCGUCGAGAAGGUCGACAUCAUCAUCUCCGAGUGGAUGGGCUACUUCAUGCUGUACGAGGGCAUGUUGGACACCGUCCUGUUUGCCCGUGACAAGUAUCUGGUGCCAGGUGGCAUCAUCAUGCCCGACAAAGCAUCGCUGCACAUCAACGCCAUCGAGGAUGCCGAGUACAAGGAGGACAAGAUCGAGUACUGGAACAACGUCUAUGGUUACGACAUGAGCUGUAUCAGAGAGAUUGCCAUCGUUGAGCCAUUGGUCGACGUUGUCAAGCCAAACAUGAUCGUUACAAACGACUGCAACAUUUUAAAUAUCGAUAUUAUGACAGUGACCAAGGAGCAGCUGCCUUUCAAGUCGCAGUUCAAGCUUAGAGCAGACAGAGACGACUCUAUCCACGCCUUUGUCGUCUACUUUGACAUUGAGUUUAGCAAGGGUCACAAGAGUGUGUUCUUCUCCACUGGUCCACGCGCCAAGUACACUCACUGGAAGCAGUCGAUCAUGUACAUUGACGACGUGAUCCGCGUCAAGAAGGGCGAGCUCAUCAACGGAGAGAUCGACGUUGCCCCAUUCCAGGCCAACAAGCGCGACCUCAAGAUCAAGUUCUCCUACGACUUUGUUGGCAGCCAAUGCAAGUUUGCCGACACCAUCGAGUAUCACAUGAGA